CUUUCAAAACAAGGAAUAAGUAGUGAACAAUUAUAUCUUUGGUCAGCUCCAAUUGAUCUUGUUGAAGAAUAUCAGUUCUAUUUAAAUCAAUUAUUAACAUUUAAUGAUUUAUCACUGGGAAAAGAAAUCUUUUAUAAUUGUACAUUACCAAGAUUUGGUUCUCAUUGUCAAUAUGAAUUCGAUUAUUAUAAUCAUUCUAACCAUUCAUCUUUAUCUGAAAUCAUUCAUGAAUACUAUACUACUAAUGAAUAUGAUCCAACCAAUUUAACCUGUUAUGAACAUUUACAAUGUUAUCGUGGUUCAGAAUCAGCGUGUUUAGACUGGACUGACAUAUGUGAUGGAAAAAUUGAUUGUUUCGAUCAUGGACAAGAUGAAGAACAUUGUUGGCAACUUGAAAUAAAUGAAUGUACGGAUGAUGAAUAUAGAUGUGAUAAUGGACAGUGCAUUCCUGAAGCAUUUUAUCAAGAUGGUAAAAUCAUUUUUGAUUGUAUUGAUAUUUCUGACGAAACUGUGAAUAAUGUGAAACUAAACCGUACGUGCAAUAAAAAUGAACCAACACUUGAAUGCGAAGAUAAAAUAUGUAAAGAAAGUUUUUUAACAAGUUCAUGUGCCGAAAAACGAAAGGUUUUACUUAUGAAGGCAAUGUUUUCAACGAAACAUAACUCUACAUCUGAACAAUGUUGGUUUGGAAUAAAAUGUAUGUUUGAUCGAUCAUCCUCGAAAGAGUCAUAUUGUCAUGAACUGUAUGGAAACAAGUCGUAUCUAAAAACUCUUUUGAAUACUUGCCCAGAAAUGUUAAACGUACCUAAUUAUCCAAUUUUAUUUGGUGAUAUUUACAUUGCCAUAGAAAAAAAUUACUCAAAACAAAUGUUUGAUUACAAUGGUUUUCAUCUUUAUCGUUGUUAUAAGCAUCGUUCUCAUUAUGAUCCUUUUCUUAAUAUCACCACAGACACUCUGUUCAAUGAUACAAUAUGUUCUAAAGGUGACAUAUUCGUGCCUAUAACGUCUGGGAUAGGCAGCGCAUCAAUAGACAGUUAUGACAGAUUCAUACGCCAAAAAACUACCGAACUGAAGAAAUCUCGUUACUAUUUUAACUAUACGUCGACAAUUUGUAACAGACCGAAUAUGUAUCAAUGUACGAAUUCAUCGAAAUGCAUCUCAGUAGACCAUAUGUUCAACAGCUAUGGUGCUUUAUGCCCACGCUCAGAUGAUCGAAAUAUGGAUGUAAUUAAAAAAUAUCCUAAUAUAAUACAACGAUUAAAUAAAACUCAUCUUUACUGCGAAAGAAGCAACAAGUAUUUUUCUCGACGUUUCAUUAAUGAUGGUUACUGCGAUUGCCAAGAUUUCCAGAUUUAUCCUUCGUGCACGGAUGAAAAUAUAGGAGAGGUAGACACUCGAAAGGAUAUAUCGUUUUCGACUAUUUGUGAUGGAUUUCAAGAGCUAUUACCAAUAAAUGGAAACGAAACAGAUCAAACAGGAUGUGAACAAUGGGAAUGUGAUAAUAUUUAUACUCAUUGUGACGGUAAUUGGAAUUGUCCUUAUGGUG